AUGUUAGAUGGUACCCCCCACUGGUUGACACUAGAUGAAGCUGAUGCCACCUGGACCCUUAUCAAGGAUAAGGUUAUUGAGGAGCGCUUUGGGCCCCAUGUAGUAGCAGUACCUUUCCUAUCAGAUGCAGCCUGCUAUGACCUACUCGGUGUUCUAGUGAAGCAGUCCCGCCCAGCACACACUCGUCUGAUUUUGCCAAGUCGGCAAAGCCGGCGCAUACUACAGCCAGUGGGGCCACUACCAAAUCUCCUGGAGCAGACAGGAUCUGAGGGUGCCUUUGACCAUUGCACUCAGGAAUACUCACCAAAUAGCCGAGCAGAGAUAGCCUAUGAAGAAACACGACUGUUAGAUGGGCAGCCCUGCCGUAUUCACCUGCAUAUGGGUGGCCUGAGAAAGAAGAUGGCCUUCCUGCUACUACCACCUGGGCAGGUGAGACUUCAGCAGACUCUCCCCUGGCUCCGAAGCUCCCACAGCAUCUAUGUCAUCUACCAGGUUUUCUCCUGUUCCUGGCUACAGUUGGGAUUACUGACUGCAGCCCAUGAGCCCCAGCUGUUCCGGGUACAAAGGACACUGCCUAUUGCCUUCUCCUGCCUCAAGUUUUCACUGCAGCCCAAAGGAAUUCUGGGUCCACAGAAAUCCCUGGCUAAAGAUCCACUGCCCCAUGGAGCCAAAUGGAUCAGACCCAACCUUGGCAUCAUGCCACCUCUGGUUCCCACACCAGCCCCUGCGGAUAACCCUGAAGUCACUAAUGUGCCCUCAUCUGUCCCAGCCUCACCUACACCACCUCCUCAGGAAGGGCCAGAAGGCAGACCCACAAAAGUCUCCAACAAGGGCCGAAAUCCUUUCCGAAGGGGGCCCCAGAUGUUAUCAGAGAACUGGCUCUUCAGCCCCCGCAACCCCGCACCAGGAGCCCAGGGUGGGGGCCCCGGGGACCCAGAUCGGCACUCCAUGUCCCUGCCCCUGCUGCAGGGUCUGUCCUCGGAGUUCGACAGCGACGAAUGA